AUGGCCUGCGUGAGGAGAUGGAUAUUCCUUGGGAGCUUGCUGCCAACCAUCGCGCAGCACACGGCAGAAGGCGGUGGUCCUGCGGGGGCCUGUAGCUUCAUCCUGCAGGAGCUGGUCAAGGCUUCAGAGAGGACCUGCUUCGAUGACCUGCCGGAGUUCCUGUGCUGCAACCAGCCGCCCAGCAUUGGCUGCUUCCGCGACGAAGAGCACAGGAACGAAUGCUGCGAGGCGCCUUUCUCCACGAAGGUCUUGGCGCAGGAUCUGCUGGUGGCCCUGGUCACCCGGGAGCAGCAGGUGCUGCAGAGGAACUGCCCCUUUGCUGCUGCGCUGACGCAGCUUGUGCCAUACCUUAUGGAGGAGGACAUCAAACUUUCCUCGCGGAUCUUCCUGCAGCACGAGCUCAUUCCUCUGGCGCGCGCCAUGAGCUUCGCGGGCGCCGGCUGGUCCAACCUUCUGCAGAGCCCGUGGCCGGUGUUUGGGGUGCUGCGCCGCGUCCAGGAGAGGAGACUGAAGGUUGCAACAUCAGACCAAUACUACCAGACAUUGGAGAAGUCCAGCGCAUCUCCAGUGCUGGCCCUGGCGCAGCUGAAUAGCUCCCAGUGCAUCACGCGGGUCACGGCGCGCCUGCACUUGGCGCUGGCCGCUGAGAAGGGCCCGCCCUUCGAAGCCUCGCCAGCCGCCCAGCUCAUCGAUGAGGCAGAGCUGCAGGCAGUUCGGUGCGAGCUGAAACUGCUGCCGCGGCUGAGGUUGCUUUUGACGAGCCCGGCCCCCGUUAUGAUGCUCUUACACCAGCUGUGGCAGCAAAUGCGCAGCCGAGGCUGGCGCCAUCUCACUGACCAAGCGCAGAACCGCAAGCCCACGUCCCUGACGAUGAAUGCGUGUCUUUGUCAGCCUUCCUGGGAAGUGGCCUUGUCCAACGGCAGUUAUACGUGCAGCGCUGAGGACUUUGGCUGCUGCGAUCCCUACGGCACGAAGGAUUUCUUUUGCCCCACUCAACCAGGCUGCUAUCAGUCCCAUGACGUUUGCUUCCCCCGGAAGCACAAGAUUGGCGGCCCAGGUGUGGGGCUGCUGGCGGAGGUGGAGAAAGACUUCUUGCGAAUGCAAAGCGAUGGCCGCGUCGAUGCCAAGUGCCGCCAGAUCGCUGCGGCAGCUGGCGCCCGACCCGCCAGCAAGGUGUUGGACGUCGGCGCGGGCACUGCGCCUUGCAAGCCUGUCAUGGAGAAGGCGGGCUUGGCCUACACCAGCCAGGACGCCAUGGCGUACACGGGCACGGAGGGCAUCGCGGGAUCCGUGUUCCUGCACGGCUAUGCUGAUAUCGACAUCGUCUCCGACAUCAUCGCCAUCCCCUUGCCGAGCGGGUCAUUCGACGUUGUGAUUUGCACAGAUGUUCUGGAGCAUGUGGUGCAUCCACAAGAGGCCGUUCAGGAGAUCGGACGUCUUCUGGCUCCUGGCGGCGUCGCGUUCUUGCAAGUUCCUUUCGGAGGAGCUUUGCACAACCUUCCGCACCACUACUAUGCGGGAUUCACUCAUCGCUGGUUUGAAAACAUCUCAGCCAGCGCUGGCUUAAAAGUUGCCUGGGGCUACCACUUCGAGACGCUGGCCAAGCGAAUCCAGCGGUCCCUGCAGUCCGAAGAAUGCUUGAGUGGGCUGUUUGGAGCCUCGUCAGCGUCAGCUUGGAAGCACCACGUGAUCAACGAUUUGCCUGCCGUGCUGGAUCACCUACGGGCAUGCCAGAGCAACCCGGAAGGCCGGCAUGGGAGGCGUUUGCCGCUCUCGGGGCGCUGUGCUUCACGGCAGCGCCUGAGCCACGAGAGACUUGGCACGGAUGUGACGGAACCUGAAGUGAGACAGGUGCGUCGGUCCGAACGCUCCGUGCGGCGCCGAGCGGUCGCAGCGCAGGAUACUUUGGAAGCAGUGGUGGAUUUCGCCGGAAACGGCACCGCCUUUGUGCUGGACGUGCUGCCCUCCAGCUUCCCAGCAUCGCCUGCACGGAAGUUGGAAGUUCCCACCUUCAGCCCUGGCUUUGUGGUGGACGAAGUCAUCGGCGCUGAAGACUGCCAACGCGUCAUUCAGAUCUGCGAGGACAUUGGCUUCCGAACCAGGUGGAGCCAGGUGGGCGCUGUGACCUUGUUCAUGCCCGAGGACUUCUCCAACCAGAUCUUCCAAAGGUUGAAGCCUUUUCUGCCAGAUCACUUUGGCGGGCGACCCAUUGGAAUCAACCGGAGGUGGGCUGUGCUGAAGUACCAGAAGGGCCAGUACCUUAAUCCACAUAUUGAUGGCCACACUCCUGGCACUAUUCGUGUAGGAAAGGAGCUCCAGAAAGAGACAGGGACCCGCUCCUACAUGUCAUGCCUCUUCUGGCUGAGCGAUGAUGUGGAAGGAGGAGAGACGGUUUUCACAUAUCCGCAGGGCGGCAUUUGGGUAGCUAUCCCGCCAAAGACUGGUGCAGCACUGCUGUUCUACCAUGGGCAGAAUGCGGUGAACAAUCCUUUGCACUAUGGUGGUGACGUGAAAUCCGGCAUCAAGUACUUGGUCCGCUCGGACAUCAUUUACAAGGCUUGA